GCCAUACACUCACGACAUUCGUACGGCACUGUACACUCACGGCGGCAGCAGCAAUCUGUCUCGGGUAUUAUACCGGCCAACGUGAACACUCAGUAGCUCAUUAGUCCGGUGGAAGUAGCGGAUGGUGGUCGUGGUUCGUUCUCGUUCGUGUUGAUGUGCUGCCAUUCUUUCUUCAAUGUUCUGUACGUCAGCUGAAUAGCUGUAUGAGCAGUGAUCCUCCUGUGCGUGUGUGUUACACUAUUCCUUCAAUCUGUGCUUUACGUGCGCUUCGGUUCGGUUCGGUGUCUGUCUGUUUGUCCGUAGGUUUUGGGGCCGUUUAAGCCACCCCCUCGCGUUUGCUUGUUCGCAAAGAAGAAAACUAUAUGCAAUGCACCUUAACGGGUGUCAUUCGAGCCUCGCUACCGAGGACACACUAGCCGUAGCCGAAAAAUAGUGAAGAGUUCGGGCGCCACUAGUUUACUCCUCUACUACUACUACUACUACGACGUCUACUCCUGCUGUGCAGACCGGCAGAAUCAGCUAUCAGCACACACUGCAAUCAAUUCCUGCUUGUGAUCGAGCUAAAGUGUAAAAGUGUUGUGUGCUCUCCAAACGACGAAAGAGUGCAAUGUGUGCUGCGAUCCCGUGUUAGAACAUGAUUGGCAACCACACCGUUUGCGUUUGCCAACUGCUGGCCAUCGCUUGGAUGCAGCACCAGCAACUAUCAGCGGAAACUGCGUAAACUGCCCUUCGCUGUCAAAAAGGAGAACAACCAGCCAGCCAGCCAGCCAGAGUGCAAACAACGAGGAGCGAGAUUCAUUAUCAGAUUGUCUGCACGACCGAGCGUAAAAAAAAAUAAUCGACACGGGCAACAGAUAGGCCACACACCAGAACAAGCACGUACAUAGACACCCGAUACAGCGUGGCGCUACCGGUAGAUGGCAAAUAGCAGCCCGACGAUGAACCGCGUCCGUUACCGUCCUUUGGUGGUUGUUACCGCGACCAUCCUGCUAGCGGUAUCUAGCGCCCACUGCUUCCUCACCAACUACCGUGGACUGGACGUGGUCGGCCUGUGCUCGGCCAAUAUGCGGAACUGUUCGUGUAAGUCGUACACGGGUUCGGAGAGUGAAAUCGACUGCCCGGGCGACGAUCCGACGAUACAGCUGCGGAUCGAGCCGCUCCAGUCCGCGGAGGUCAAGUGUCGCCGGAAGAGGCACCACGACUUUAGCCAGAUGCCUCAGCUGGCGAUUGGCGAAACGAAGCGGUUAACCAUCGACUACUGUCCGCUGGUGGCCAACCGGUCCAUCCUGGAGCAGAUGGACUUUCUAGGCGCGAUGCAAGUGAAGCUACUGUCGCUGAAGAACAAUGCCAACGGGGCGCCACUGGAAAGGAACCACUUCCGUGGGCUGGAAGCGCUCGACCGGCUGACGAUCAGCAAUGUAAAGCUGGACGACGUCCUGCCCGACCUGUUCGCCCAUCUGCCGAACCUUACCUGGCUAGACUUACGGGAGAGCGUGGCCAAGCUGCCACCAAGCGUCUUCCAUACCUUGCCGAGCCUGAGAAUCCUUGACCUGAGCUUGAACGGCAUACAGGAGCUACUGCCACGGCAGCUAGAGAAGCUGGGUGAGCUACGGCUACUCAGUCUCUGGCGUAACGAGCUGGCCAAUCUCAGUCGGCACGUGUUUACGGGGCUGCAACAGCUGGAACGGUUGGACCUGUCGGCCAACAAGUUGGAGCACCUGCCCAGUGAGUUGUUUGUAGGGUUGCCCAAUCUGACCGAGCUGGCACUGAGCAAUAACUGUCUGCGCGCCCUGCCAAAGGGCCUGUUCCGGGCAAAUCGCGAACUGAAAAAGGUGAAGCUAGCGUUCCAGCAAACUACCAUGGAAACGCUGCCGCCCGAUCUGUUCCAAAAUCUGCCGACCCUGGAACAUGUCGAUCUUGAGCGCAUCGGUUUAGUGAAGCUGCCGAAAACCGUAUUCCAAGGAUCGGCCAACAUACGGGAGCUCAGCCUGGCUGCGAACCGGCUGCAGUCGCUUCCACCAGAACUGCUACACGAUCAGCACGCGCUGCAGAUGCUCGAUCUGGGCUCCAAUCAGCUUACCGCCUUAUCUAUACGAUUGCUGCAAAACACCGUCGAGCUGCGGGUGCUUCGGUUGUCCCAAAAUCGGAUCAGCCAAAUAUCGGCUGGCCUGCUGCGGUCCUUGGAGAAGCUGGAGCAGCUUUACCUAAACGACAACCAGCUGCACACGAUCGGGCUGUACGCCUUCAGGAACACGCCCAACCUGCAGACGCUACACCUGCAGAAUAACCAGCUGACGUCCCACUCAUUCAACAUGAUCAAAACGAAAGCAAAAACGGACACGGAAACCGAAUCCGCUGUGCAGGCUGUCAUGCAGACGGAAUCGGCAGUAAACAUAGAAACGAACACGGAAACGGAAAUGGAGAUGGAAGAAGAGGCGGACGAUGGCGUGGAGGUGUUCGUGCGUGACGGUUCAGCUUUCCAAUAUUUGCACAACCUGCGCGAUCUCGACCUGUCGUACAACUUCCUGUCAACGGUGUUCCGCGAUCUGCUCGUCAACGCUCACAAUCUCGAGCGGCUCAACUUGACAAACAAUAACAUCACCAGUCUCACGGCUGCGAACCUCCAGUUCCUGUCUCAAGAUGUACUGGUCGAUCUGGAGCGCAACCGCAUCUUCGAAAUUAACUUGGCCGAUAUCGAGCAGCUGAUGGAGCUGCAGGAUAACCAACCGGGAACGGUGGAGAAGCUCGAAAGGACGCGGACCCGUAUACUGCUGAACGAAAAUCCGCUCAAUUGUAACUGCAUCGUUUACACGCUUGCCCUCUACCUGAAGCAUCAGCUGAGCAAUAAGGUAUACGAGCGACUGCACCUAGUAGCCGAUCGGCUCACCUGCCAAGGCCCCGAACAGCUCCAUGGUAUGCUGGUGCGCGAUUUGCGGCCCAGCGAGCUACUGUGCGAGCUGGAUACGCCAUCCACCCAAAUCCGGCACUGCCCAGCGGCCUGUAAUUGUUUCGUUCGACCAGCCGACCUGGGCGUAGUGGUGAAAUGCAACGGGCAAGGGUUGACCCAGAUCCCAACUCUACCGAAUCCCUGCUCCUUCGGGUACCGCUUCAUCGAACUGCACGUUGAGAACAACAACGUUACCGAGCUGCCAGCCAUCGGCGACAACGACGGAUGGUCCGCGGUGCAGGAGCUUUAUGCUAGCAAUAACUCCAUCGAGGAGCUGUCGCCGGCACAACUGCCGGUUGGGCUGCGUGUGCUCGAUCUAACCCGCAACAAACUCACGCACAUCGCGGAACCGCUGACCGAUUGGAUGGCACAAUCGCCGACGCUUACCGCGAUACGGCUGGCUCAGAACGCUUGGGUCUGCAGCUGCGAAACGGCCUCGCUCUUGGCGUUCGCCCUAGCCAACCACAACCACAUCGAGGACUUUGGGCGAAUAAAGUGUGCCGAUGGACGAGCCUUUGGAGCUACCCUGCACAGCGAGCUCUGCGCGACCGAACCGUAUACCGCAAUCAUCCUAAUGGUCUGCAUGAUCUUGCUCAUCGUCGCCUCUAUGGUAGCUUUGCUCUCGCUGCUCUACUACAACUACCAUCUUGAACUGAAGGUAUGGUUAUUCCGCCAUGGCCUCUUUCGCGUGGUGGAGGACGAACUGGACCAGGACAAGCAGUACGAUGCAUUCCUUUCCUAUUCGCACAAGGAUGAGAGUUUCGUCACCGAGCAUUUGCUGCCGGUGCUCGAGCGGCACCCACUGAACUUCAAGAUAUGCUGGCACAUGCGUGACUGGGUACCAGGAGAGAUGAUUACUUCCCAGAUAUUGAGCUCGGUGGAGAAAUCGCGACGCACGAUCAUUGUCCUAUCCAGCAAUUUCCUAGUUUCGCUCUGGGGCCAGCUGGAGUUCCGAACCGCCCAUUUGCAAUCGAUGAACGAACGGCAGAACAGAGUGAUCAUCAUCAUCUACGACGAUAUCGGUAGCAUCGACGACCUCGAACCAGAACUGCGCGCCUACCUCAAGACAAACACAUACGUGCGAUGGGGUGAUCCGUGGUUUUGGGACAAGGUCAGAUAUGCGAUGCCCCAUCCACCACGGGCUCACAGCAAGGGCGCCAGUGGUGGAGGACUAUUUGUGCGUAAGCUGCAGAGUUCGGUCGACGAUAAACUGGAGCUGAUCAAACCGACCGCACCUCAACCGACGGCGAUGACAGCAGACACGAUGGCAUCGCCCCUAUCUCCUCAACCAAGCAUUCCUUCAGAUCCAAACAACAGCAGUGGUAAGGCAACCGUUUCGUCUUUGCCACCACAUCAAGUUGUCAUCAAUUCGUUGCACUACCAGCACCAGCAGCAGCGGCCACAACUUUUGAUUCCUGCCAACGGCCAUAUCAAUGGUGCGUUCCUCAUUAAUAGCAACGCUAAGCAAAGCGAUGUGUGAUCCAACAGACAGAGGAUGGCCCUUGCGUCUUUCAAUCUCCAUUCAUAUCGCAAUUGAUUGAAAUCGUUCAGUCCAUUCACCACGCGGCAAAGUUCGGGCAUCGCAACUACCACAAAUGAAUUUCGAAAUACCCGACAAACUUGAAAAAAAAACACUAGUUGCUAAGAUAAAUUUUAAUAUUGUCAACAGACGAAAGUUGCUCGGAGCGAUGACGAAUACCGUCCACCGUUCCGGAGCGGAUCGAUCUACCACCUAAUAUUUUUUACUCGCUAAGCAAACAUCAAAGAAGAUUGAUAGUCACCGUAAAUGUGUAACGAAUGUGAGUAAUUACUCGCUAUCUCAAUGUGUGAAUUCCCCCAAAAAGUGAAAAUUAGAGUUCUAAAUCCCUAGCAUGCCUAAGAAACUGCACAGGUUUUGAUACAUAAACUCGUCGUUCUUUCGAAUUUUCCUUCAGACUCGUUGCAUUGAAAUGUUCCUAAGAAAUCAAGAAAGGAUCUCGAUGAGAAUGGAAUAUCUGAAACAACCUUGAAAUUAAGUGAUCAUCUAUACUUGUUCAUCUGCUCGUUGCCUUGUAGUAGGGAUUCAUCCAUCAAAAAUCCAAAACGCGACAUACUCAAUCAGACUGAAUAUGUGGGCAUCAAACCACAGCCCCACUUAACUUUGAAAUCAUAAUUUAAAAUGAAAUCUCGAAUGACUUUCAUAACUUUAGUAAUGAAAAAGAAAGCGUUUAGAAUUUUGUCAAAUAAUUUUGCCGACCUCCAAACCAGAGUCUCCAAACCAAAACAAUAACCAACCUGAUUGAUAAAUUGUUCUUUAAAAGAAAUCAAAACAGCUCGUAAUAAAGGACGAUGAAGAUGUACUGGCAGUAAACCAAAACGAAUACAGAACGAAUAAACUGUGUAACAUAUAUUUCAAACAUUUGGUUGUUUUAAUCAGUAUGUUGUUUAUAGCUAGUAUGUUCAAAGCUUUGUUAUUUU